CGCUGUCACCGGCUGUGUACGCUGACAUUGCUACAAGUCAGGAGAGGGGGAAGAGUUUCCGGGCGGACUUUGUGCUUUUCAUUAUUUCUUCCCCCGUAGCGCAUGAGCCGGUGACAGAAGGUCUGGGGUCGCAGAGGAGUCGGGAAGUGACAAAUAGCCUGAGAGGUUCAUGCUUAUGAUUGUACCUAGAUCGGUGUCCCAUGCAGUCCCUGCUCCGUCUUUCUUCCACUGGGACACUCCCAACGUCCUCUUUGCGGAGGGUGAGAUGUCUGUUCAACCAAUUACUGAACUAUCGGGGUAUCAUUCCUCAGCCCGUCCUUCUAAAGAGCCACACAACAUCUACAGGUGAUGUUAUUAACAUUGGAGAUGUAUCCUAUACGAUAAAAGAUCCGAGAAACCCAGAACUGGUACCUCAGAGUUACAUUGCUGAUCCAUUAUGCCAAGGAGUUGUCCAACACCUAAGAUGGAUAAUGCAGAAAGACCUCCUAGGACAAGAUAUCUUCCUCAUUGGUCCCCCAGGUCCACUAAGGCGUUCCAUUGCUAUGCAGUAUUUGGAGCUAACAAAGAGAGAGGUGGAAUAUAUUGCUUUAUCCCGAGACACCACUGAGUCUGAUCUGAAACAGCGAAGAGAGAUACGAUCUGGAACUGCAUUUUACAUUGAUCAGUGUGCAGUGCGUGCAGCCACAAAGGGAAGGAUCUUGGUUCUGGAGGGAUUAGAAAAAGCCGAACGGAAUGUCCUGCCGGUCCUGAAUAAUUUGCUGGAGAAUCGGGAGAUGCAGCUUGAGGAUGGCAGGUUCCUUAUGUCUGCAGAACGUUAUGACAAGCUGCUUCAGGAACACAGUAAGGAUGAGCUGGAUGCGUGGAAGAUUGUACGUGUUAGUGAAGAUUUUCGAGUAAUUGCUUUAGGGCUACCAGUGCCCAAGUACACUGGCAAUCCUCUUGACCCACCGCUGCGAUCUAGAUUUCAAGCGAGAGAUAUUUAUUAUUUGCCUUUUAAGGAUCAGCUUCAGAUACUCUAUUCGGCUGGAUCAAAUGUUCCCGCAGAAAGGAUUUCUCAGCUUUUAUCAUUUGCUACAACUCUCUGCUCUCAAGAAUCUGCCAGCCUUGGGCUUCCAGAUUUCCCAGCAGACAAUUUGACAGCAGCCAUUGGCAUUUUGAAUGCCUUUCCCACAAUGUCCUGUCAAAGAGUCAUCGAAAGGUUGUAUCCCUAUAGUGUGUUAUUGGGGAAAGAAGGCAGGACUGCAGUGGAGGAUGCAUUAAAGAGAUUUGAACUGUCAGACUCCGGAAAGCACCCUGAUUCUCUGGCAAUUAUGAAUGUAGAGCCAGUGCGGAAUUCUGAUAGCCCACAAGCAGCAGUAACUAUGCGAUCUGGUGACAAGAACAUCUCAGUGGAGAUGGCCUCAGGAACCCGACCCUUGCACCUAAAUGCCAAGCUUUCUACAUUUAUUAGGACCAGUACCCACGAACAGCUGCUGGCAGAAAUGAUGCAGUCUCACAUGGUUAAAGACAUGUGUCUGAUUGGAGGAAAGGGGUGUGGCAAAAGUGUGAUUGCUAAAGAAUUUGCUGAUAUACUUGGGUAUGAAGUGGAGCCUGUCAUGUUGUACCAGGACAUGACUGCCAGGGACUUGCUGCAGCAAAGGUACACACUUCCAAAUGGUGACACUGCCUGGCGACAAUCUCCUUUGGUUACAGCUGCCUUGGAAGGAAAACUUGUCAUUCUUGAUGGUAUCCAUCGUGUCAAUCCGGGCACUCUAUCCAUUCUUCAAAGGCUAAUUCAUGACAGAGAGCUCACUCUGUACGACGGUACCAGGCUACUUCGAGGAGAUAGAUAUCAGUUUUUAAAGAAGGAACUGGACAUUUCAGAUGCUGAGCUACAAGAAAGGUCAAUAUUUCCUAUUCACCCUUCUUUUAGAAUCAUUGCUUUGGCAGAGCCACCAGUGAUUGGCAGCACUACUCAGCAGUGGCUGGGUCCCGAGCUCCUCACUAUGUUUCUGUACCAUAAUGUAAAACCUUCCACCAGAAAAGAGGAGAUUCAAAUAAUGAAGGGAAUGGUGCCAAAUGUCCCAAAAGAGGCAGUGGAGCAGCUGUUGACAUUGACACACAAGCUACUUGACACAAAGGACCCUAAUACUGCAUCUUUGGCAUCAUCUUUAUCUACAAGACAGUUACUUCGCAUAUGCAGACGGUUAUCUCAGUACCCAGAUGAAAGUCUUUAUCAUGCUGUUAACAAGGCCUGCCUUUCAAGAUUUUUACCCAGUCUGGCUCGAUCAACAUUACUGAAAUACUUAGCGGACUCUGGCAUAGAGGAAACCAGUGAGGAGCUGGAAAGGAUGGAAAACACAGAUUAUAGUUAUGAAAUAAAAUCUGGCGUACUAAGGCUUGGAAGUGUGACUGUACCAGUAUACAAUACAGAUGAGAAGAUGAAAGUACCAGACAUCCUGUUCUAUGAGAACUCUCAGCACAUGAGGGUUAUGGAGGACAUGCUAAAAGAUUUCCUGCUUGGUGAACAUUUAUUGCUGGUUGGAAAUCAGGGAGUUGGAAAAAACAAGAUAGUUGAUCAAUUUCUUCAUUUAUUAAACCGACCACGUGAAUAUUUACAGUUACACAGGGAUACAACUGUGCAGAGCCUGACACUGCAGCCUUCUGUGAAAGAUGGUAUAAUAGUAUAUGAAGAUUCACCUCUGGUUAAGGCUGUUAAAAAAGGACACAUCUUGGUUAUAGAUGAGGCUGACAAGGCUCCCACAAAUGUAACCUGUAUUCUGAAAACCUUAGUAGAAAGUGGAGAGAUGAUCCUGUCAGAUGGCAGACGACUUGUAGCCAAUCCAUUAGAACGGAAAGGAAGCGAUAAUGUGAUCCCUAUUCAUCCUGAUUUCAGAAUGAUUGUGCUGGCUAACAGACCUGGGUUCCCUUUUCUGGGAAAUGAUUUUUUUGGUGCUUUGGGGGAUAUAUUUAGCUGCCAUGCAGUGGAUAAUCCAGUACCACAAUCUGAGCUGGCAAUGUUGAGACAGUAUGGACCCAAUGUGCCUGAUGCUGUGCUGCAGAAGCUAGUAGCUGCCUUUGGUGAAUUGCGAACAAUGGCAGACCAAGGAAUUAUCACAUAUCCUUACUCAACCCGUGAGGUUGUUAAUAUAGUGAAACAUUUGCAGAAAUUUCCAAAUGAAGGACUGGCAAAUGUUGUUCGAAAUGUGUUUGACUUUGAUUCUUACAACCAGGAAAUGCGUGAAAUAUUGAUUCAUUCCUUACAUAAGCAUGGAAUCCCAAUAGGAGCCAAACCCACCAAUGUGCAGCUUGCUAAGGAGUUGCCACUUCCAGAUGUUAGUUUUGUUGGCCACUGGACAAUAUCGCAAACUGGAAAUGCCCGUCGCAAGCUCUUGUGUCCAACAGAAACACAUCAGAUCAAUAUAAAGGGCCCAGUGUACAUCAAUGUUCAGGGAUUUGCAUUGGACCGUACUGAGUCUCGAUCCCUGAGUUUCACAGAAGAAAUGUCUCACUGGCGCAUUCCACUCAGUGAAGUGAAUAUUGUUUGUGAUGUCAUUGCUUCCUCAGAAAUGAAUGGUGAUAGCACUGUCCAUGUGGCUACUUGUAAUCCAGUGACCUUGUACUUUAUGAAAACUCGGGAUGAUAAAGGAUACUAUGUGGAUUUGUAUGAUGUAUUUCCUAGAACUGUGGGAAGUGUGUGGCAGCCAUCUGUAACUAUGGCACCUCUAGGCCAUCCUCUAAGUGGACAGGUUAUUUUACAUGAAGAGCAGAGCAAUGUCAUUCUUCUGCUGGACACCAGUACUGGGGCACUUCGUCGAGUUUUUAUUUCGGAAGAAGACACAGAACCUACAAGAAAAUCAUCCUGGUGGGGUAGUAAGGAAGCACAGGAAAAACAUAAAAUGUGCAGGGAUUUUUCACACAAGAAUUGGCUGGUGUUCUUUAAAGAAAAUGGCAAUUCUCUCAUCGUUCUCGAUGUUCUGGAGGGUACUGCCCACUCAAUCUCCUUACCCAUCAAUCUCACGUCUGUUUUCCUAGUGGCAGAAGACAGGUGGCUCUUGGUUGAGAGUAAAUCUAACAAGAAAUUUCUUCUUACCACACCUGUACAUAUAGAAGCUGAGAACAAUGGAGUUUGUCAACUGCAUGCUCUAGAAGAGGAAGCAGUGAGCACAGGUUUUGGAGUUAAAGCAGGCUUUGAUCCCUCCAAUCCCCAUGUGAUAUCCAGUGAUCAGCUGCCACCUGAGAACCUGAGUGCAGCCAUCGGGCAGAAGAUCAAUUCUCCUAAUAGGAUUCUUUCUGAUGAGAAUAGUUAUGCCUCCAUCAUUGUGGGCUUCCCAGAUCUAAUGUCACCUAGUGAAGUGUACAGCUGGAAGAGGAGGUCUUCUUUGGGAAGUCAUGGAACUUUAUCUGGUGAUCCGUUUUUACAAUCAGGACGCAGUAAAUUUGGAAGUAUGAGAAAAGGUGGUUGUGCGAGUUUAUUAGCUGCUAACCAGAUGGUGAGAUGUGUGCCAGCUGUAGAUGUGCCCUUCAAAGAUAUUUACCCUAAAGAUACAGUUCCCCCCAAUUCCACUGCAUUUUUAGAAGUUACUGACCUUAAUUCGAAGAAACUGAAAUAUAUUCCAGUUCCCAGAGCUAUAUCAGUGUCUCCGUACACAUCUUGGCUGUCUAAAAUAUCAGACACAGACAUUCUGCUGGCUGCACAUGGAAACAGUGGAGUUGUCACAGUAGAUAUGGGAGGCAGUGUUAGGCUUUGGGAGACCGGACAUGAAAGUAUUCAGCGUUCUUUGCUUGAAUGGAGAAAUAUGAUUGGACAAGAUGAUGGGCGACCCAUUCAGAUCACAGUGCAGAGAGAGAGUGGUUUAGAUGUGAGUUCACCAAAGCAUGGAAAGAUGGAUCCGGAUAACAUGCCCCAUGUUGGUGGAAAUACGUGGGCUGGUGGAACGGGCGGCAGAGACACGGCAGGACUGGGUGGAAUGGGUGGUCCAUAUCGGCUGGAUGCAGGACACACAGUCCACCAGGUGUCACAGGCUGAGAAAGAUGCUGUACCUGAAGAAGUUAAAAGAGCUGCUAGAGAAAUGGCAGAGAAGGCCUUUAAACAGAGAUUGAAGGAAAUUCAGAUGAGUGAAUAUGAUGCUUCAACAUAUGAGCGUUUCUCAGGGGCGGUACGCAGACAAGUACAGUCUCUUCGAGUCAUUUUGGAUAGUUUGCAGGCAAAGGGCAAGGAAAGACAGUGGCUAAAACACCAAGCAAUUGGGGAGCUGGAUGAUACCAAAAUCAUUGAUGGACUGACGGGAGAGAAAGCUAUUUACAAAAGGCGCGGAGAGCUUGAGCCAGAAGUUGGAAGUCCUCAGCAGAAGCCAAAAAGGCUUCGUCUUCUAGUAGAUGUGUCUGGCAGCAUGUAUCGAUUUAAUGGGGUGGAUGGAAGGCUGGAGCGCUCCAUGGAAGCCACGUGCAUGCUAAUGGAAGCAUUUGAAAAUUAUGAGCAUAAGUUCAAGUAUGAUGUUUCGGGACAUUCGGGGGAUAGUUACAACAUUGAAUUCAUGAGAAGUGAGAAGAUUCCAAGGAACAAUAAACAGCGACUGGAUAUUCUAAAGACUAUGCAUGCUCACUCUCAGUUUUGUAUGAGUGGAGAUUACACUUUGGAGGCUACAGAACAUGCAAUUCGGGAAAUAGCCAAGGAGGAGGCAGAUGAAUAUUUUGUUAUAGUCUUGAGCGAUGCCAAUUUAGAACGAUAUGGUAUACCACCAGCAAGGUUUGCCCAGGCAUUGACUAUUAAUCCUCAAGUUAAUGCAUUUGCUAUUUUUAUCGGGUCUUUGGGAGACCAAGCGGAAAGACUCCAGAGAACUCUUCCAGCAGGCCGGUCUUUUGUUGCUAUGGAUACCAAACAGAUUCCACAGAUCCUACAGCAAAUAUUCACAUCUACUUUGUUGUCAACUGCGUAAGGAAGUUGUGUCCAUCUCCAAAACACAGGAUGUCACAUAAGGACAAAAUAAUACCAUUUAAAUAAUUUCACCAUGUGUCUAUAGUGGAGGCUCGGUAUUGGGUUCUCAUUUCAAAUUUUCUGUUUUCAGUGCAGAACAUGUAACAUUUACUGGAUGGUGCAAUUUUAGCUACUUAUGGAGGAAAUGUACGUUAGAUGAGAAAAAAGUUGCAUUGAAUAGUGAUAUAGUAGUAGCAUUGUGCCUGAUGUCCAGUCAUAUUUUUUCUUUUAAAGAAAACCUUUCACAACCAUUGUGCUAGAACAUUUAAUCUUUAACAUCCAGCUUUGUUAAAAGAAAAAACAUGUCCAGGUCUUUUAUACUAUAUAGCUGGAUUUUUGCCAAUUCUACAGCAGAAUUAUAUAAGGUUCUCUUCUGAAAUACCACUGUAAUUUUGGACUUUUACAUAAAACUUUUACAAUAAACAUAAAAUGUUAGGGCCAGAUUCACGUAGAAGUGCGGCGGCGUAACGUAUCGUAGAUACGUUACACCGCCGCAAGUUUUCAUCG